AUGUCCUUAAAUGAACGACUACCAAGUCCUUUGUGCAUACCUAAGGUAGUGCGCGACUUGUUAUGGACCGUUUCAAGUCCACACAUACUAAGUUGUGAUCGCUUUCCCGUUCUACCUGCGGAAUUUGGAGUUGAAGCUCUGAAAUUGGAUGUGGUCAUUGACUGGCUGAACGCCCUAGUUAGUGAUCCUGCCCCAAUUUUGGCUUUUCUGCAAGACUCAAUCUCGACCAGUCAAUCGUUAGCUCUGGGCGUCUACUUUUCAAAGCUGCUCGAGUUCUGGCUCCAACGAGAACCUCAUGAUUUUCACGUCGAGUCCUCAAUCAAAUUUUUUUUACUCAAUACAACAAACAACAUUAUCAAAGAUAAACUUUGUGAUCUUGGGAAAAAAUCAAACGACCACAACAAUUUCGUUUCUCUCGAGCACUAUGUUGGUCCGCAUUUAGGAGAAAAUUUGGCUUGGCGAGUCCAAGAGGUGGAUCGAAAGCUAGCGAUGCGUCGAGGUGACAGUGUGCAUGCUUGGCUGAAAGAAAAUUACAGUGACAGUGUGGAAUCGCAUAUUGUUUUACGAGGAUAUCUGUUUGAGCCACUUAGCACCUUGAUCUCGACAGCGGCAACGUCUAUGGACCACGAUUGGUUUUUACAUCGUAAUCAUACACCAAUGACUCCAGAAAAAGAAGAGUUGAAGAGUGUGUUGAAUCCAUGCAUCGCAAUAAAUCAUUUACGAGGAUGGUGGACCACCGACAUGGAAACAGACUUGCCUGCAAAAUUGAGAGCGAACCCGUCAAGGCUCGGCGAGAGUCGAUUCGUAAUCCUUCCUAAAUUACAUUGGCUAGCUCCUGUUGUUGCUGUGAAGAGCGAAAAUAUAGAAAAGAUUGUUGUGCAUGGUGAUGAAACAUUAAACUUAGCAGAUGUUAAUGCACUUCAACUGGACCAAUUAAUCACCUUUGUCAGAAAUCAUUUUCGAAAAGAUGAGUUUGGUAAGUCAAGUCCAGUAGCGAUGCCGUUGCUGGUGGCUGAAAUAGUGCAAUUCCCGGAAUAUGUUGGUGAUGAUAAAACUGUGUACUGGCACGAGCUAUCCCGAGGCUUUAUUCUUGACUCUACGCGCUGGGAUCCAUCACCUUUGAGCCAGGAGCCUGUUCGCUAUAGACGAACGCGUCAACAAAAUGCCGCUACUGGGAUUGGAGAUCGCGAGUAUGAAAUUCGCCAAAAUGACUGUGUUGAAGAAGGCUUUAUCAAGCCGGACGUUGAUGAUACCUUAGUAGAGGACAAAAGACAUCAAUUUACUGAUCCUACAACUAUGGGCCCACGCGAACUUUGUCACGAGCUAGUGUCAGUCUUAAGCGCAAAAAAUGCUUGCUUUUCUCACGCUGAGCUUAAAAGAUCGACUGCGGAAUAUUUUCUGUGGCGACAAACAAGUUGCAAUGAUGGGGCCUCUGACUAUUGUGAGGAUAGAACGGCGUAUCUUCGAGCUUGUUUUAAAUCUCUCAUUUUUGAAGCCAAUGAUGGUGAUGAAUCGAGGCAAGCCCGGCGGGUUGGCUAUUUGCUUGUUGAUGUCUUUAAUGAAGUAAGUUGUGAGUCUAGCUCAAAUAAACCAUACACAUUUUUAUUACAAGAAUGCAAUGAAUGGACGACAAUGCUUGCGAAAGUAGCGAAUGAUUCCGAUCGAUGGGAGUUUCUCAAUCUCAUCUUACGUGCAAUCGACUUGACUUUGGAAUCAGACGUUGUCGUACGAUGGAUAGCAUCCAAAAAGAGCGACAUACUUACUCUUCUUGACAAGCUACUUGCUGCUCAAAAUAUUCGGUGGAAUGCCAUUGUGGUUGAAAUGGUUCGUGUCUUUCAUAUCGGUGAGCUACUGCCAGGUCAUCGGACGCUACAUAUCACUGAAGAUGCUAAGACGAUUAGAUUAAUUUUUGACAAGUUUGUGGGGCAGCACGACUGGCAAAAUGCAGAACGACUUGUCACUGUGGUGCCGGAUCACGAUAUGGUACAAAGACUUUUCAAGCAUAUGUCACUUUUAAACAUGACGAAAGCUCUAAAGCGAUUACAGCAAAUUGCUGCUACUUUUUCGAAUUCACAAAACGCUGACUUCACAUCGAUAGAACAAAACUGUGACCUUUCAUCAGCUGAUAAGUUUCUUUUGAUGCAUCCAAUCGACCACACCAGGAAUCGAUCUUAUCAGAAGAACCAAUCGAACAUUGAGUGGAAAUACGUCGAUUGUGCCGAGGACAUACAAGAAGUGGUUCGACGCUUGAAGGAACAAGAGUUAAGUAUUCUAAUUGCCGAGGAAUCGUGCGAUCAACAAACAGUUGUUCGAAAUAUUCUUGUUGCAAUUGACUGUGAAUGGCGACCACAGUUUUUAACUAAAGCCUGUGAUGAUCUAAAUGAUCGAUUUUUCGAAGAUCAGGAAGGUUUAAGCCUGUAUCAGCUCGCGGUCGGAAAUAUCAUCUUUGUUAUUGAUGUUCAAGUUUUAGGAUUGGCUGCAGCAGAGCCAUUGAGUUUCAUCUGGAGACCUUCAUCUCGUCUGAUGCUGAUCGGAUUUUGUGUCUCCAGUGAUAUAUUGAAAAUCAAGAACUCUUUUCCACAUCUUAGCGCACUUUUCGAUAACCCAAACAGCGAGAUUAGCUCCCGAUCCAACUAUUCAGUUCUAGAGCUACGAAAUCUUGCUUUAUCUCGGCACAUUCCCGCAAAACAUUGGGGCCUGUCACAAUUGCACCAUGCGUGCUUGGGGGAACAGCUUGACAAAGAGCAACAAUGCUCUGACUGGGGUUCCCGCCCUUUGUCGACCAGUCAGAUUGAAUAUGCAGCGAAAGACGCUUUUGCCGUUCAACGCCUGUCAUGGCAUCUUCUUGCUGACAUAGAAUUUGAAAAAACGACUUGCUCGAUAGGUGAUGAUGUCCGAGAAUUUUUAAUUAAUCACGAUGGUAAUCGAAACGCUUUAAAUUCGUGGACAAUGGCUACUGAGUUGCAACCUCUUGGAAAGCAACAAGUUGAGUUGGCAUUACAAGCACACGGAAUAAAUGCUCGAAUUUUCAGAUUUGAUAAGGAGGUUCAUGAAGGGCUGGUCGUGAAAAGUAUCGCAAUGAUUGUACGGAAGGAGAAAUUGGCACACACAUCGAAGAAAUUCAUGUACGUUGUGGUCGUUUUACCGCUAAAUCGAUCCAUCGAUAUACAGGCUUUAGCAACUUUGCUGGAAGCAGACACGAAGGAAAUUUCGUUGGCAGAUCAAGUGACGCUCGUACGAGUGUUUGGCUACUCUCGUGGAUGUUUAGGACCAAUUGGUCUGCGAGCGCAGCAGGCCACACAAAUCGUUCUUGAUAGUUCUCUUCAGAACGAAAAAUAUCUUCUCUGUGGUGCCGGGGCCACUGACGAGGUCUAUGCAAUCUGUCCAGCUGUGCUUAUUAGAGUAGUGAACGCAUUGGUCGCUUGUGUUGUGUCCACAUAG